AUGGCAGCCCCUCCUCGACUUACGCUGCGCAUUUCUGGCUUGGGGCAUUCGUUGACGAUUCGGGAAGAUGCGUCGGCGACCGUGGACGAUUUGAAGGCUCGGAUUUCCCAAACGACAGAGAUUCCGCCGUGUUACCAACGGCUGUUGGCGCGUGGACUGAGUUUGGAAGAUGGGCAUUCGACGCUGGACGAUAUUGGUUUGAAGGAUCGUACCAAAAUCAUGUUGCUGCAUUCGCCAGAAUAUGCGCAAGAAAAGGAAGGAUACGAAAAGCUGCAGGCAGUAGCCCAGGAAAUUCAAGAAUUACAAGACAAUAUUAGUGACAACAGUUUGCAACCCAAGGUUAUUUCCGAGUUGGUCACGCGGAUAUGCUGCAAGCUAGAUGCCAUUGAUACGGCGGGAUCUGCGAAUUUGAGAUUGCAGCGAAAGGAAUUACUACAAAAAGCGGAACGCUUGGAAGCUGACAACAGCUAG